CUGAAUUCCUCCAGUCGAGGCCGUAAAUCUGCAUAAUGACUCGUCAAUCAGCAUAAUUAAAGCACACACACACACAGAGUGUGUGUCGGGGGAUUUGAGCUGACUCUGCGGCGUUCAGCAGCUGCGAGAGAAACAAACACUGCAAGGUCAGACAUGACGGUGAGAGAGGAGGAGCGGGGCGAGCAAGGAAGGCAGAGGGAUUCCGACUGUCAUCCAGCAUGGAGUCGGAGAACUACGAAUACGGAGUGUGCGGCUGCUGUGGUCCGCUCAGACCCAGAUACAAACGUCUGGUGGACAACAUCUUCCCUGAAGACCCAAAAGAUGGGCUGAGUAAGUCGGACAUGGAGAAGUUGACCUUCUAUGCCGUGUCCGCUCCCGAGAAGCUGGACCGGAUCGGAGCGUACCUGGCAGAGCGACUGAGUCGCGACGUGGUGCGUCAUCGAUACGGGAACGUGGUGAUCGCCAUGGAGGCCCUGGACCAGCUGCUGAUGGCGUGUCACUCCCAGAGCAUCAAGCCCUUUGUGGAGAGCUUCCUGCACAUGGUGGCCAAACUGCUGGAAUCCAGAGAACCAGACCUGCAGGUCCUUGGCACCAAUUCGUUUGUCAAGUUUGCCAACAUCGAGGAGGAUACGCCCUCGUACCACCGACGCUACGACUUCUUCGUGUCGCAAUUCAGCGCCAUGUGCCACUCCACCCACGAGGACCCCGAGACCAGAAGCAGGAUCCGGGUGGCGGGCAUCAAGGGUCUGCAGGGCGUGGUGAGGAAGACGGUCAACGACGAGCUGCAGGCUAUCAUCUGGGAGCCACAGCACAUGGACAAACUGAUCCCCUCCAUGCUGUUCAACAUGCAGGACAGCGAUGACCUGGACAGGGUGCAGCACCCCAACACUCCCUCUGGCUCGGGGCAGGAGGUGGAGGAGAACCCAGCCUCUCUGGCUGAGAGCUGCUUCAGGGAGCUGCUCGGACGAGCCGCCUAUGGAAACAUGAACAACGCUGUCCGACCUGUGCUGGUGCACCUGGACAACCAUCACCUGUGGGAGCCCAACGAGUUUGCGGUGUCCUGUUUCCGGAUCAUCAUGUACUCCAUCCAGGCUCAGCACUCCCAUCACGUGAUACAGCAGGUCCUCAACCACUUGGACACACACAACAAGAACACCCCUCGAGUGCGGGCCGGCAUCGUCCAGGUUCUGCUGGAGACUGUGGCCAUCGCCGCCAAGGGCUCAGUAGGUAUCGAUCUGGAAUGCAGACGCAGCGACAUGCUCCCCUUCGAGGUGGAACACUCCAGCCCUGCCAACCUGUGGCUCGGUCCAACCGUGCUGGAGGUCUUCAACACGCUGCUCAAGCACCUGAGGAUGAGCGUGGACUUCGAGCUCGGUGACGGAUCCCGGCGGAACUCCGGUACCAGCGUGUCAUCGGGCCGUGGCAAAGAAAGCGAGGAACGCAUCGUCCAGAACGCCAUCAUCCAGACCAUUGGCUUCUUUGGAGGAAACCUGCCCGACUACCAGCGCGCUGAGGUCAUGAUGUUCAUCAUGGGGAAGGUUCCUGUGUACGGGGCGCCGUGUCACACUCUAGACACGGACAAGAUUGGGCACCAGGGUACCAAGAGGAUCCAGACAAUGCUGCUCAGCUCGCUCAUCAUGGUGACCUCGGGGUUCAAGUCCAAGUCCAUGUCGGCGGCACUGCCUGCUCCCUUCCUGGACCCACUUUUCUCCAUCUCGCUGAUGGAGGACAGCGAGCUGCGGCAGCUGGUGCUGGAGAUCCUGCACAACAUCAUUGAUCGCCACGACAACCGCGCCAAGCUGCGGGGGAUCAGAAUCAUCCCCAACGUGGCGGCGCUGAAGAUCAAACGGGAGAAGAUCUCCAAACAGGAUGUGGCCUUCAUGAAGAAGCACGGGCAGCAGCUCUACCGUCACAUAUUCCUCGGCUGCAAAGAAGACGACAACGUCCAUAAGAACUUUGAGCUUCUCUUCACCACACUGGCCGUGGUCACCAUCGAGCUUGCCAACGAGGACGUGGUUGUCGACCUGAUCCGCCUCGCCUUGGCUCUGCAGGACAUGGCAUUAGUCAACGAGGAGAACAUGUCCAUGUUCAUCCGCUGCAGCAUCAUGGCGUUGGUGGCAGCGUACCUCAACUUCCUCAGUCAGAUGAUCGCCAACCCGCCCGUCUGCCAACACGUCAGCAAGGUGAUCGAGCUGAGGAACAUGGACGCCCCGUACCUGCUGCCCGAGCACGUCUUCAGGGACAAGUGCCCACUUCCGGAUUCUCUGGACAAAGAGGACCGGCUCUUGUACUUCCAGACUGCUGACUUGGCAGAGUGUCUCGCAGGCCCUGGGUACAACGCAGAGAGACUCUCCAUCCCUUAUGUGCCACAGGUCACAGUCCUGUACACGGUGGGGAAAAUCCUCCACAGGUGCAAACAGACCUCCAGAGACCGGCUCACCAGGAGGAAGAGCUUUGUGGACACCAUCUCUCUGCAGGACAUCAUCGCCAACAACUUGCCGGACAAGUCUCAACUAGCCGAGGAGAUCACGUUUGAGACGCUGAAGAAGGCCAUCGACACGACCGGACUGGAGGAGCAGGAGCGCGAGAAACGCCGACAGGUGAUGGAGAAGUUCCAGAAAGCUCCGUUCGAAGAGAUCGCCGCCCACUGCGAGUCAAAGGCGACCAUGUUGCACGACCGACUGGCUCAGAUCUUCGAACUCACCAUCCGGCCGCCGCCCAGUCCAUCUGGACUGGCGUCCGUCUCGGCGGGACAUGCCCAGCACCAGUCGGUCCCCGUCUACGAGAUGAAGUUUCCAGACCUGUGUGUCUACUGAAGGCUAACCCAAGCGGGGGCAGCGCUACACACCAUGAUCACACCGAGCUAGAGCUUCUGGAAAAAAAAGCUAGCGUUUCUCUAAUCUGUUGUUACGAGACACUCAGAGAUCAGAAUCAUGAAAACAUAGGAAUUUUAUUUUAGCUGUAGUUAUUCGCUUGCAGCGACGACACCGUCGGUUCCACGCUCGUCCGUGUUAAUUCAGUGUUUGAGCCACAGCGGGAGGUGCUUGUCGCCAUUCUGAUUCCACAUUGAUGACUUACCAGUCACUCUUAAAUCAGUGUGUGUUGCUAGUGAAAACAGUUUUUCGUAUCCUGAGAUGAACUUGUGACGUAAAACGCUGCCUCAAUAAUCGUCGUUCAAGUGUCGCAGGUUUACGAAAAGUGUCGAUCUUGACAGUGUUAUUAAUGUUUAGCUACAAUCUGACGGUGUUCAGACUAGAUUAGCGUGGAUGUCGAUCAAAUAGUGCCAAACCGCCUGCUAUCUGUCUCACACACAAACGCACGCCAGAGAUAUUCUGUGAUCAAACAUGACGCCGCCGUCAUGACGGCAAGAAGAUUCAUCGCACACGUUUGUCCAGGCAGACAACAGUCAGAGCCGCCGUCCAACCAAGACUGAAGAGGAGUCCGGACGAAUGGUCCCAUGGUCUUGUAUGUUUCGAGAGGGUAGAGUGCUCUGGCACAGGAAGGCCUCGGGCCUCCAGGAGUCAAGUGAACGCUGGAUGGAAGUUGAAGCUGAAGUCGUUUUAGUUACAGAGGAACUGGACUCUUUAAGAGAAUGUUGCUGAGUCAAUGCAGUGGAAUGGACCUGCACUGCACCACCUAGUGCACGUUUAUCAUACUGUAAAAAAUGCAUGUCGGAAGUGAAGUUGGCAUUGGGCGAAGAAGUCGCGGGCGGCUCUUGACUCACUUGCAAUACAUGCGAAAAGGUGAGACUUUACUUUUUUUUUUUUUUUUUUUGACACAAUCAAACCAGCGUGUUUAAGGCCGAUGAAUGUUUUGGCUGGAAUCCAUUUCAACUUCCUGAAUGUUGUGGGGAGAUACAGAUUUAUUUUCAUAACGCUCGAGUCAAUGGAACUCUUCGCACGUCACUUUUAUUUUUGUCACGUCCGUCACACUUUGAGUCGAAUGUCGCGUCAGCUGUGAGGAACAUUCUUCUGAUGGAGUGAGUGACUCAAAGUUCUGCUGGUGAACGAUGGGGGGCUCAUGACUCACUGAAGGAUCAGAGGUACUCAGAAUAAAUUUAUAGUCAAGUUUUAAAAAUCAA